ACCGACCAAUGGGAGGCGGAGGAUUGCAGUGCCGGAGGCUUUGAGGACGUGGCUUGGAGCUUCGGGCUUGGAGCAAUUCUCCCCUCCCUUUGAUCUGGUCUCAAGCUCCCCCCCCCUUUGGUUGCAAGUUGCUCAGACUUUCAGAAGAGGGGGGGCAGCUCUGCAGCUGCCGUGGGGCGCCAUGGCUUAUCCCCCUGGUUAUGGGGGGCCAGCUUCCAAACACAGGGCGAGGAUCCCUCCUGUACCGCAGAAUGCAGAUGCCCCCCAGCUCUUUGAUGACACCAGCUCAGCCUACGGCCCGCAACAGGUGGGCUACCCAGCCCCGGGGAUUGACAUGGGCUUCAACCAGAUUUUUGCUGACCCGGUGGCCAACGUAGCGAUGGCCUACGGCACCACGAUUGCAUCUCAGGGCAAGGACAUGGUGCAUAAGGAGAUCCAUAGGUUCAUGUCCAUGAACAAGUUGAAAUAUUUCUUUGCGGUGGACACCACGUAUGUGAUGAAGAAGCUGGCACUGUUGGUGUUUCCUUACGUACACCAGAAUUGGGAAGUUCGCUACCAGAGAGAUGUCCCUCUCACCCCUCGACAGGAUGUCAACGCUCCAGACCUCUACAUUCCCAGUAUGGCUUUCAUUACCUAUAUUCUGCUGGCUGGGAUGGCUCUUGGCUUACAGAAAAGGUUUUCACCUGAGGUCCUGGGCAUGUGUGCUAGCACAGCUUUUGUCUGGGUGGUGAUCGAGGUUCUUGCUCUCUUGCUGGGCCUGUACCUUGCGACAGUUCAGAGUGACUUGAGCACGUUCGACCUGCUUGCUUACUGUGGCUACAAAUACGUUGGGAUGAUCCUUGCUGUGGUGGGCGGCUUGAUCUUUGGCAGCAAUGGCUAUUACAUUGCCUUAGCCUGGGCCUCUUGCGCUCUGAUGUAUUUUAUGGUACGCUCCUUGCGGAUGAAGAUCCUCCCUUCGAUGGUGCAAGAGGGGAUUAGCCGGCCGAGCGGGCGGGCACAGAUGUACGUAACGCUAGCGGCAGCCGCCUUCCAGCCUCUGAUUCUCUACUGGCUAACUGUGCAGCUGGUACAUUAGAAGAGGAGGGUCUAUCCAUGGCAGACCUCUGCCGAUGUUUCUUCAGGGCCCUGCUUUGUGAGGACUCCUCUCCACUUGCCCCUUUUUCCCCACCCACCCCAAAUUCCCCAAAGUAUGUGCGCCAUCUCUCCUACCUGUACAGUUCUGGGCUCUUGAGAAGAGGGACGAGUACAAGGGGCUCCAUUGACACAAGGAAUUAUGCUGAAUUGUGCCCCCCCUGCAACCAGGGGAAAUGAGGAUUGUCAAAAUAUCCAGGCUUGGCGCUGCCCCCUGGGAUUGCUCCCUAUGCCUGCCUGUUCUGCAUUCACUGGCUGUUGUAAAUACCUCCUUGCUGUUGGGGGGGGGGAGUGAAUGGAGUGGGGCAGAGUUGUUCUGGACACCUUUUUCCCCCUUGCUCCUAGGAACAGUUUUUCUAUGCAAAUAAUUCUUAAGGACAUGAUGGCUGUUUUGUUUUUGCUUUCUGGAGCAAAGUGCCAUUUUAUUCCCUCCCCCCCCCCGAAGCAGCUGGUUCACUUAAGUGACAAGUCUUGCUUAUCUGAGCGCAGCUGUCACCUACAGUGCAAGGAGCACCCCCCCCAAUUCCUCUGCUGUAGGGUUGGCUCUGGGGAGCACCGACUCUCCUAAGGACUGUGUACUAUUUUUCAUAAUUGAUUAUGCUGUAUUGUUGAGAUAUCUUUACACUCCACCUCCCCACAUUCUUUUCCUUAUACAUUGAGUUUGCUAGUUUGUUCCCCCCCAAAAAGGUCUGUAUCCCACAAUUCAGGCCAGCAAAGGGAUUGGUGGGUAGGAAGACUGGAGGGGGAAGUUUUUUUUUUAAGAAAAACCUUAUUAAAUCUGCAAAGCCAGUCUUGUACCCAACCUUCAUAGAAAAAGGCUUCUUGUUUCAACUUUUCCCAUCUGUUUCUGGGAGAGUUAGUUCUUGGAAGCAACGAUAAAAAAUGUGCUUGACAACUUG